AUUAAAAUGCAGCACACUACGUGCACAGAGGACAGGAUCUAUCAUGCACUGGAAAGAUGUCUACACGGGCUUAGCAGAGAUGCUCUCUCCAGCAGAUGGGCUGCUGGGCUGUGCCUGAACUGCUGGAGCCUCCAGGAGUUGGUGAGCCGAGAUGCUGGAAACUAUCUCAUUCUCGUGGAGAAAAUCCUCAGCAAAGCCAAAGAGGUCCAGGAGAAGUGCAACUAUGAUCUUGUAACCCCUCUGGCUCUGCUUUUCUACUAUGCAGUCUUAUAUGCUCCUCACUUCCCUCCAAGCUCUGACCUGCUCCUGAAGGCUGUCAGCAUCUACCACAACUUCCUCACCUGGCCUGUGCCCUACUGUGAUAUCUUCCGUGAGCUGCUCACCUUCAUCAGCGAUGAGCUCAAGGCCCCGGGGAUAUCAUUCCAGAGGCUAGUGAGGACAGAGCAGGGGCUGCCCAUGAAGAGCUACCAGAGCUCCACCAUCACUGUGCUGCUGCUCAACCGCUCAGAGGUGCAGAGUGAGUUCCUCUCCAUUGCCGAGAGGCUGAGCUGCCCUGAGCCAUCGCGGCACGCCACACUCCUUGUAUUGCUGGAGCACCUCUACCAAGCCAACUUCGGCACCCAUUGUGACCUGGGCAGCCUGCGGCACCUCCUGAAGUCCAAGUCACUGGAAGAGCUCUCUGAGAUCUACGCCAGUGCUGCAGAGGCCCAGGAGGCUGCAGCUGCAAGCAGUGAGCCCACCCGGGCACGGGAGCAGCUGCAGUCUGCUCUGCGAGAGCUCACUGGAGCCGCAGUCUUCCCUGCCAUCGCGGGUGAGGCCCAGCCCUGCAAACUCCACACCAUCCCCAUCCCUCCAGCUCGCUGUUACACUUACAGCUGGGAUCAGGAUAACUUCGAUAUCCUCAAUGACAUCCUCAGCAAAGAGUGCCACAUUGUUGAGCCCCUGGUCUCAGAGAAUGAGGAGGAGGAAGAGGAGGAGGUGGAAAUUGAUGGCUGUUCUCCAGAAAGAGACUCACUGCUUUCCCCCAUCUCUGCCAUUUCUAAAGACUCUGUAUACUCAGCGCUAUCGGAGGAAGAAUCGAAGCACUCACCAGUGCCCCUUUUCACUACUUCCAAGGACUCCAUCUCAGAGCUGACAGUCGUCUCCAAGAAGUCCUUGAGGUCUUUUGUCUCCAGCCUCAAGGACUGCAUGGACAGCGGCUAUGCAGAAGACAGUGAUGAGAGCUCUCUGGACAUGAUGGGAAGACCAGAGCUCAAGAUGGAGAAGACCCGCAACAAACACAGGCACACACUGACCAACAAGAUCUACAAACUCUUCAAGAGCAAAAGUCAACUGGUCUUGAGGAGAGAGCUGAAGGACUGCUCAGACACGGGCUCACUCUCGCUGCCCCUGCGCCGGGCCGAGAGCCUGUGUAACCCUGAAGCCAAGCACCAUAUCCUGACCCGUUCACGGCGAGCUCAUUCGCUGCCCCAGCACAUCCUAAGCCAGCGGCUCCCAGCGCACUAUGUGCCACAACAUUUGAGCCUCCACCGCCGGCCUUUCCUCAGCUAUGAUGAGGACACAAAGAUAUCUACACUGCGCGUCGUGGUCUUUGGCUCUGACCGCAUCUCAGGGAAAGUGGCCCGGGCCUACAGCAACCUCAGGCUAAAAGAAAGCACCUGCCCCUUGCUGACAAGAUACUUCAAGCUGCAGUUUUACUACGUCCCUGUGAAGAGGAACUGCCUUUUCCCAUUGGCCCCACUGAUGCAUCCUCCCACCUCCCCAGGGGACCUGCAUUUCCGAAGCUCAGCACAGGUGGAGCCUGCAUUGGACAAGGCGGAGACUAGCACCAAUGACAUCUCUCACUACAUUGGGAUGUUGGACCCGUGGUAUGAGCGUAACAUCCUUGGUCUGAUGAGCUUGCCCAUGGAUGUUCUCUGUCAGUCUGCCAAGCCAGAGCCUGAUCCUCAGGAGGACUCCAGGGAGCAGCUGCCCAUCCUGGCUGAUAUGAUUCUCUACUACUGCCGCUUUGCCAUGCGCCCUGUGAUGCUGCAGCUCUACCAGACGGAGCUCACUUUCAUGGGCGGGGAGAAGAUGACUGAAGUCUUCAUCCACUCCCUCGAGCUGGGCCACUCAGCUGCAACACGGGCCAUCAAGGCAUCAGGUCCCGGCAGCAAAAGGCUGGGUAUAGAUGGAGACAGAGAAGCAAUCCCAUUAACACUACAAAUUGCCUACAGCAAGACAGCUGUCAGUGGAAGAAGUCAUUGGAAUGAUGUUGAGAAGGUCUGCACAUCUGUGAACCUCAGCAAAGCCUGCAAGAAGUAUGAAGAACUAGCCUCAAAAACAGAGUGUCUCAAUUUAACCAUGACUGAGGUGGUCAAAAGGCAAAACUCUAAAUCCAAGAAAUGUUUCAAUCAGAUCAGUGUGUCCCAGAUAAAAGUAGACAAGGUGCAGAUUAUCGGUAUCCAGUCCUCCUUUGCCGUGUGUUUGGACCAGGAUGAGCAGAAGAUUCUGCAGAGUGUAACCAGGUGUGAGAUCUCUGUGUGCUACAGACCGAGAGACAGUGAUUCCCUUGCACUGAGAACAUCCUCUUUGCCUCCCCAGGAUCCCUCUGAGUUUCCUUCUCUUCUGUGCUUACCCAUUGCCACCUUCAGUGGAGCACUGCCAUAGAGGGACCAGAGACCCUGUUCCUUCUCACGCUCACUUGCAACACACCAAAAUAGCCACAGGAAGAGGAAUCUGGCUGUACUAGUUUGGGUUGGAGACCUAACAUUCUCGUUUAAGAUAUCCUAAAGCUCAAAGCAUUAGUGUGAGUUGCUCCUGGUCUGUGCUUACAUUGCCCUUAGCAAAUGGGUACUUUAGUGUCAUGCUCUCAUACCUGUAAGGGUUCCUUGGCAAUGCAAGGGAAGCAGUUUCCUUGAGAUGUGCACAUACUUCAGCAGACUGCCAACAUCUGGUUAGAGAUGACAAGACAAGGGCAAUGCUAUUUCCCUGCCAGCGAAUGGUGCUGUGGCUGUACUCAAGUGAUUGCAAAGCCAGCAUCAUCUGAAUGGAGUUCUUCAUCAGGCACUGUGGGAAAUGGAAAUUCAGCCUUGGCUGAAUGGUUCUAGUGGUUAUGAAUGUCCUGCUGACAUUCCACUUCUAAGAAGUCUUGAGACUCUCAGAACAGUUCUUAGGAUGGGAAUAGGUUGAGAACCUUUCUCAAAGGUUUAAAUUGUUUUAAAUUGCAAAACUCAGGUAUUGGGUAUAGAUGGACCUAGCUGAGGCCCAGGAAGUGCUGCUGUUUGUGUUUUGAUGAAUCCAGUGCAAUAGGCUAUACUAGUGCAAUGAUGACUUGUCAUGCACACAUGUGUUUACUGUAAGUCCAAGACCUGCAGGAGAUGGACUUCCAAUUUUUGCAGACUUUGAGAGCUUAUCCAGAAGGGGAUGAAAUCCCUUUUUGGCCCAUGCUCUUGUGGUCUGCUCCCCAGCACUGAAAGAUAGAGACAUAGCAAGUGUAGGAUCCUCAAUAGUUGCUUGAAAUGUGGAAGGAGCUGUGCUUAAACUCAGAGGA